AUGGCGAAGCUUAUGCUGCCCUACUUAAAAGAGUACUGCGACAGCUCGUCGUUGCAUGGUAUUCGGUAUCUAACAGAUCCGAAGCUACAGAAUUUUGAAAAAGUCAUUUGGGUACUGCUUCUAAUUGCCACAACUAUUUGUGCCACACUUGUCUAUAUCGACCUGACCGAACGGUACAACUCAGUGCGUAUACACACAACCAUAGAGGACUCUAUGCUUCCCAUAUUCUAUUCACCUUUUCCCUCGGUGGGCUUGUGCUUACGUAAUCGAAUCAACCUGAGGAAGUUGCAACACGAGGCGGUCGAACAUUUUCUGGGGACCAAUGCCAGUGCUGCUGAUAGGGAGAUUUUUGUGCGCUUCUUCACCGCCGCCUCCGAAGUGCAUUUAAAUCGUAUGUACGUAAUGGGCAAAUUCUUCAAUAAUGCCACACUAGCAAUGGCGGUCAGCAGACUUGACCACCUUAAUGUGUCGGAAGUUCUGCGCUACGCUCGUUUGGAUUGCAAAGACUUUUUUGUCGAGUGCAACUGGCGUGGCCAAUCGCAUAACUGUUGUGAAAUCUUUGAGCAUGAGCGCACCGAAGCCGGCUACUGUUGGGUCUUCAACUCCGCCGUCAGUCCCAAAAUGAGACAACGCGCGAAAAACGACAAAUAUUAUCCUUUGCACACACCAAACUCAGGGGAAGGCACCGGGCUCGACGUUUUUAUGCGAUUGAACAAGUCGCUCAUACUCCCGGGCGUACGUGGCGUGUACUUGAUGAUCAAACAACCGGACCAGUGGAGCGAUGAGGUCCGACUAGUAACCCACAACACACACACUAAGAUUAGUAUUGUGCCGCGCUAUACCUCGACCGAGCAACGCACGCGUUCCGUAACACCUACUGAGCGGCAUUGUAUUUUUGAUGACGAGACAAACGAUCACCGAUACAAGAAGUUGCCGGGUCUAAAAUACUGGAAAGGCAAUUGUCGCUCACGAUGCCAUCAGGAGCAUGUCGACCGUCUGUGCAGGUGCACGCCCAUGCUCCUCUUUCCCAUCAGUGACGAUGAUAAUUUUACGGACUGCAAGCCCUCCGAAUUCAAAUGUCUCUACGAUAAUCGAGAUACAUUUCGGGUGGAGCGCCAUGCUAUGGAAACUUUGUAUGUGGACAGCGUCUAUAAGGACAGCAUGAUCUGUGACUGUCUCAACAGCUGCGUCCAACUUAUCUUUGAAACCGUUCACAGUAGCACGCCCUUGGACUUUAAUGAAACUGGAGUCGAGAUGGGCACAAUGCGCCUAGACAUAUUCUUUCAAUCGAGCUUCUUCAUCAAGUAUCAAACGCGCAUGCGAUUCACAUUUGUCGAGUUAUUGGCAAGUUUUGGUGGCAUUAUCGGACUUUUCCUGGGUGCGUCACUUCUUAGCGCUAUUGAGCUGGUUUAUUACUUUACAAUGGGGUUAUAUUUCUACCUACAUGGAAAUUGGAAACUGCAACAACAACAGAAUUCGGUACAGAAGCUGCAACAUACACAAACUAUUCAGCCCCGGCCAAGAGUUUCUAAAAACAAGCUAGUUAACUGACUUAGUUUGUAACACACUUAUAAAUCAGACUUAUCUCAAAAAUGUAAUCAAACAAGCAUACACCGAAAUAAAAAUUGGUCAAUUGAUGUUAUGUGACUUAGAAGAAUCUGGA